AUGUCUUCAAAGUUUUGGGCAGAUUUAUCCAAUGAUUACGAAAAAAUUCUUGAAAGUGGAUUUGGAUACGACGUUAUUAUUUAUGUAGGUGAAAAACCAAAUGUAAAAGAAUUUCAUUUACAUUCAAGUAUUUUAUGUCAUAGGUCACAAUAUUUUUAUACGGCAUUUUCUAAUGGAUGGGCAGAGAAAAAAGAUGGAAAAUUUAUUCUCAGAAAACCUAAUAUUUCACCACAAUUAUUUAAUAUCAUUCUUAGGUUUAUUUAUUGUGGAAAUAUUAAGUUGAAUAAUUUACAAGAUCUUGAUAUAUUGAAAUUGUUGAUAGCAGUGGAUGAAUUUAAUAUCCAACCAUUGGUUUCUCAUAUUCAAGAAUUUUUGAUCGAACAUAAAACUGAAUUUUUACACCAAAAUCCAACUGGUAUUCUUGAAACUAUUUAUCAACAUGAAACAUUCGCAGAUUUAUGGGAUUUUUGUCUUGAAAUUAUUUGUAAAAAUCCUAAAAUCUUAUUUAAUUCUGAUAAUUUUGUUAAUUUAAAAGCUCCUUUAUUGGAGUUAUUAUUAAAAAGGGAUGAUUUGUAUAUGGAUGAAAUUGAAAUUUGGGAAAGGUUAUUGAAAUGGUGUUUUGCUCAACAAAACAUUAAAAAUGAUCCUGCUAAAUGGAAUAAUGAUGAUAUUACAAAAAUUAGAAGGUUAUUGCACAGAUUUAUUCCUUUAAUUAGAUUUUAUCAUAUUGAACACACAGAUUUCUUUUACAAAGUUUAUUGUUAUAAAGAUAUUUUACCACAAGAUUUAAUUUAUGACCUUUUGGAAUUUCAUAUUGUUCCUAAUAUGAAACCUAAAUCUAACGUAAUACCAAGAAAACAAAAUUUAAAACUUGAUUCAAUCAUAAUUGAAUCAAAACAUAUUCCUCUUUUUGUUUCAUGGAUUGAUAAAAAAGAUUCUUCAUAUUAUAAUAAAGAAAAGAUCUCUUAUGAUUUUAAUUUAUUAUAUCGUUCAAAUGAAGGCAGGUUUGAUGCUAAAUCAUUUCAUAGAAAUUGUGACAAUAAGGGAGCUACUAUUUGGAUAGCAAAAAUUCAAGAUUCUACACAAUUAAUUGGAGGAUAUAAUCCACUUGAUUGGAAUGGAAAUUAUUGGAAAAAUACUGCAGACAGUUUUCUUUUUAGUUUCACGGAUGGUAAAAUUAUUUCUACUGCAAAGUUAGGUUAUGUUAAAGAUGCAAGUCAUGCCGUUUAUUGCGGUAAUAAUCAAGGACCCAGUAUGGGUGGUUUAUACUGUUAUAAUUCCAAUAGUUGGGAAUAUGAUUAUUAUUACUUUUCAUCAGUCUAUCAUGAUAUAGGAAUUCCAACAAGGUUUAAAGUAGAAGAUUUUGAAGUAUUUCAAGUAAUUAAAAAAUAA